AUGACGUCCAUCAUUCCAUUAUUUUGUUUACUGAUUUGCUUAACUUCUACAAGUUUUGCCAAGACGUUUACGAAAUGUGAACUAGUUCGUGAGUUGCGGCAACAAGGGUUUCCUGAACAUCAAAUGAAAGAUUUGGUGUGUCUAGUGGAAGCUGAAAGUUCAUUUCAAACUCACGUGAAGGGUGGACCGAAUGUGGAUGGUUCUUUCGACUGGGGUCUGUUCCAAAUAAACGACCGUUACUGGUGCAAUGCUGGCGGCUCUCCCGGCAAAGGCUGUAACGUAAGCUGCAAUGAUCUCCUAUCCGACAACAUUUCGGCGUCUGCAUCUUGUGCCAAAACUGUUCUAGCACAACAAGGUAUCGGCGCCUGGACUGGUUGGGUCAACAAAUGUAAAGGAAGAUCUCUUCCUGAACUUGGAUGUUAA